AUGGGAUAUCCCCUAGCCCAGCAUCCAAGCCAGUUGAGGGACCGUCCCCACGCGGUCAAUACCACACCCCAAGCAACGAUCGCAUCGGCUAGGUCACCCGACGCUUCACAGACCUCAAUUUCCGAGCUAGGUGAUGCUGCCUCAAGAGAUGGGUUAAGCGGGGUCAACCUGCAUACCAAUGGGACUGAAUUCUAUGGGAAUUCAUCAAACCUAGCAUUCCUGGGGAAUCUAUACGCAAGAGCACAGAAUCAAGAGCUCGUAGAUCAAACUCACUUUGACCGGACUCCUCGAAAAAUGCCGAAUUCACCAACAUAUACUAAUCCCCGGUCUCAGGCUUUAUCUCCAGAAACGAGCCCCAACAAAACAGACCAAGGCAAUGAUCUGGAGGAAUCCUUCCACCGGCUUACAGAUAAUACGCAGAUAGAGAUCGAGAAAGCCUUCAUUGGCAGCUACUUUGCGAACAAGCAUUACAUCCACCCGCUACUUUCUAAGAGUGCUUUUAUGCAACGCUGCGAAAAUGAAGCAUGGCCAAUUUCAAAUCGCCAGAGUCUCUUCCGAGGGGCCACGAAAUUUUCUGGGUUAUACUUUGCGGUCGUUGCGUUGGGUGCGAUCAAUGCGAGCCCGAAUGAGACCUCUCUAUUAGAGCAUUUCUGCCAGCAAUUUGCUGAUCCAUGUCGGACACGACAAGCUCAGAGGAGACCUGGGCUCACGGCCCUCGACUUUGCCAAAUUCUUUUUCAGCCUCGCAAAACGGACGCUCGGUGAUCUUUUUGAGAGUUCCUGUUUGGAGACUGCUCAGACACUUCUUCUUUUGGUUGAUGCCGAUGACCUCGACCCUGAUGCUGAAGACCACGAUAUAGCAAUGAUCCCGGCAAUGGUCGCGCUAGCCCAAAUUAUGUCUGAAGCAUCUCAUCAACUGUACCAUUCAAUGCAGCGGUCAAUUACCGAGAAGUCCCGUCUGGCUAUGGCACUUGACCAUCGACUUCUUGAGUGGAAAGCAACACUGCCGGCUUUCUUAAAUAUAGAUGCACAUGCACUGAAUGACCCCGAAUGGGCAUUUAAACAGAAAUUGGUCUUGAGGCUGAGAUACUACAAUACUCGGAUCCUAAUCCACAGGCCAUUCCUUGUGGCAGCAACUGCAAAUACAGACACUCCACCGCCGGAUCUUUGCGCUCAUCUACACAUAUGCCUCACUGCCGCCCGGAUGAGUAUUAAUAUGCAAUACGAGUCGUUCAUGCAUAGGAUCUACAUUCGCACUUGGUGGUACAACACAACCUACGCCCUCUAUGGAUCAAUGAUCCUCCUCCACCUCAUCCUCUCAAAUUACCCUGGCCUCCCAAACGACGAGCUCCUCGAAGACGUCGAAAAAUCGCUCGAGAUCUUCUCCUCUAUGGAUGACAUCAUCGUCGCCCGUCGCUGCGCUGAGAUGCUCCGUGAAGUUCUCAACGUUGCGCGCACGUGUCUAGAAAGAAGACGACGGUCUACCGACCGAAGUCAAAGCCAAAGACAACUCACUAGAUUUGGACUGUUAGAUACAUCAUCAGCAGGAAUGUUAAAUUCGCCUCAGGCAACUUUAGAUGCAAUCCCGUUAGCACGAAAGCAUCCAACUCCAAGUUCAACUCCUAUUGGAAGCGAGAUCGCCUUGCCAGCGGCAACAUUGUCUACACACACGCAUGGAUUAUCCCUUGACACACCAUCAUCUAUUCUGGAACAACACACUGAUACUGAUGACGGGGAUUUCUUCUUUUCGCUCUUCAGCAACGGCAUACAAACACAGCCCGAUCGAAGUCGGGCAGACAUGCUUGCCAAUCUAGUGGAUCCAAGUGUUUUGGAAGAUUUUGCGUUUGGGGGUGGCAAUGAGUUCUCUCUCUUUUAG